AUGGCCGAACAGCGCCCGCCGCGCCCGCUUUACUUCCCCCAGUUCCACGACCGCGCCGAGCCCGUCCCGCCCCCGGCCGACGGCGGCGGCCCUUGGACCCUCUUCCCAGCCAUGUGCGGCCCGCGGCAGCCGCCGCCGCCUGCGGCCGGGGUGCCCCGCUGGGCCGCGGCGCUGGCGCCCAUCGCCUACGAGCCGCUGCGCUUCUUCUGCCCGGCGGCGGCCUCGCCGGAGGGGGCGGGCGCGGCGCGGCGUCCCGGGGAGCAGCCGCAGCUGGAGGGCGAGAUCUGCGAGCUGGGCAUCCGCCUCAAGGAGCUGGAGCUGCGGGCGCUCAUCGGCGACGGCUUCGACGCCCAGCAGUAUAAACUUCUGAAGGCACUAAAAGAAGAAAAGAUACAACACCUGAAAGCAAGGCAGAAGCUAAAGAAAUAG